UAAAAGAAUUUUUUAUCUGUAACUGCUUAGAUAUUAUUAAAACAAAACAUUGGUAACAAAAAAAUUGGAAAGAAACGUUCCGCUUGCAUGCUCGGCAUAAUCAUACAUUACUGCGACGCACAUGUGUCAUUUCCAUAGUAACGGCGUACAUUUAACAUGUAAACAGAAAGUUAAGAGUUAAUCGGUUCCAAGUACUGUUGUAUUUAUCGAGAUAUUUGCCGCUAGAAAAAGUGGAAUAAGAAUUCAGUUUCAUAAUAUGUCAGUGAAUGGUCAGUUUUUCUUGUCUAUUACCGGUUCCAUCGAGCAUGCAGAGUUUUACGAUGUUGAUAACGCGUACUGCAAGUACGGCUUUCAUUUCGGACCGGAAUGGAGCGUAGUCGCGGGAAUCGAAGAGGGUCUGACACAAAUGUGCAAAUGCAGCAACAACCCAAGAAAUCUUGCCGUUUGGAAUUUUCCCCUGGAUGUUACAUUCAAAAGCACAAAUCCACAUGGAUGGCCGCAGCUUGUCAUAUCAAUUUACGGAUUGGAUUUUUUCGGUCAUGAUAUCAUAAGAGGAUAUGGAGUAUGCCAUUUGCCUUUAAAAACAGGGCAUCAUGAAAAAAGGGUAUCGAUCUAUGUACCGGAGUCAUCGUCCAUGCUGCAGCAUUUCGUGGAGUGGUUAACUGGCAGGAGACCGGAAUUAAUUGAUCCCGCCAUACUGGCAUCCGGCGGCGGCAGAGAACGUAAGGAAAUGCACCGAGACGUUUCUCUUACUCGCAUGAGGGUCGAGGGAGUCAUUACUGUAACGUUCAACAUCGUUUUGAAGGAUUUAUACAAGUUAGGUUACGACAACGGUGAGAAAUGGAAGAAAUGAUGAAGCAACCGUAAACUCCCUCAACUUGGAAAGGAUUAUCUCGCCAAGGGAUUAUUUUAUCAAAGUGCUAUAAUACUAGACUUUAUAAAUAAUAUUCUGAUGAGUAAUCGGGGUGUGAUUUUUCCGUAUAAUCCAUCUUCCCAUUUUCUUUAACGUCCGCAGCACUGAAGCAGAAGUAAGGGAAUUAAGAGCAUAUUUCCGCGUUAAUGGGCAUCCUGUGUAAAAAAGAGAAAACAGGCUAAUCCUCCGAGAGGAACUUAUUAAAUUUCACGUAGGUUUAAUCCGUGAGAUGAUUCCAGAUGCUUCAGUACGGCGGUGACGUGGCAGUCGCGAUAAAUGUUACGGAAAAAUAGAUAAUAGUGUCGUCCUCUCGAAAGGGGAUUAAACUGUCGUUUACGCGAAAUACCUUACCGGCCGCACCGGAAAAGCUGCCCGUGGCAGCCUUCGAUUUUCCGCGCGAUUACAGCUGACCGAAGCAUCCGUUUUACAUAUCGUUGAAUAUUACGUUCGAGAUUUUAUCGAACGGCGAUGAGUGCAUUGCACUUUACUACAAGGAAAACGAGCGAUUCAAGGAUUUACGCACAAAAAUGCAAAUAUCCAUUUUGUCAUGUCACAAAAAUAUAAAUGUCAGUGUUAUUUAUAAUGUAUCCAAUUUACAUAUAUGUAUAUACAGUGGUGGUAAAAAAUUCAAGAAUAUGAUCUAUUUAGAAUCAAUAAAAUGACUGAUAUAUUCGCCAAUGUAUCUAUAUGAGUCAUUUUAUCGAACGGCGAUGAGUGCAUUGCACUUUACUACAAGGAAAACGAGCGAUUCAAGGAUUUACGCACAAAAAUGCAAAUAUCCAUUUUGUCAUGUCACAAAAAUAUAAAUGUCAGUGUUAUUUAUAACGUAUCCAAUUUACAUAUAUGUAUAUACAGUAGAGGUAAAAAAUUCAAGAAUAUGAUCCAUUUAGAAUCAAUAAAAUGACUGAUAUAUUCGCCAAUGUAUCUAUAUGAGUCAUUUUAUCGAACGGCGAUGAGUGCAUUGCACUUUACUACAAGGAAAACGAGUGAUUCAAGGAUUUAUGCACUAAAAUGCAAAUAUCCAUUUUGUCAUGUCACAAAAAUAGAAAUGUCAGUGUUAUUUAUAAUGUAUCCAAUUUACAUAUAUGUAUAUAUAGUAGAGGUAAAAAAUUCAAGAAUAUGAUCCAUUUAGAAUCAAUAAAAUGACUGAUAUAUUCGCCAAUGUAUCUAUAUCAGUUAUUUUAUUCAUUCUAAAUAGAAAAUAAAAACUAUAAAUAUUACA